AUGGCUUCUCUUGGACGACAGAAAUCAAAUAAUUUAGAUAAAGGUCUUGGGAAGGGUAAACCCGAGGUAGUGAAUAUUGCAACAUUUGCAUUGCUAUUUUCUGAGAUUGUUCAGUAUUGUCAAAAUCGUGUAUCUACUGUCCCAGAACUUCAGAACAGAUUAGCUGAGUUGGGACAACACGUUGGUUCUCAUCUAUUAGAUGUUUUAUUAUUGAGAGAAAAAGGGUACAAAAGAGAAUUAAAAUUAUUAAAUUUGUUAUUAUUCAUUAAAUCUAAUUUCUGGAAGACAUUAUUUGGAAGAGAAGCUGAUAAACUGGAAUUGGCUAACGAUGAUGAAAGAACAUAUUAUUUAAUAGAAAAGGAACCAAUAGUAAAUAAGUUUAUAUCAGUGCCAAAAGAUAAAGGUAGUUUAAAUUGUGCUGCUUUUACAGCUGGUAUAUUAGAAUCAGUAUUGAAUGGAGCCAACUUUCCUGCUAAAGUGACAGUACAUUGGCAUAAAGGAACAACAUUUAUGAUAAAAUUUGAUGAAUCUGUGAUAGCUAGAGAUAAACUGAUAGAGGGGAGAUAA